ACAUGGAUAGGAAUAUUAAUUCCUAUUCUGUAUUUUUUAUUUUAUUUUUUCUGUUGAAAAGUACAAAUUAGAAAAGUCCAUAAAGUUGAAGAACUACGAAAUAUGGAUAAGACACGCCCGAAGGUAUGGCCACAGUAUCUUGCUGCAAUCACAGCAACCCUUUCAUUGGCCAUAUCAGGAUCCCACAUAGGCUGGACAUCACCAACUCUGCCAAACCUAAAAAGCCCAGAAUCUCAUCUUCCAAUUACAUCUGACGAAUCAUCCUGGAUAGCAUCAUUCUACCUCCUAGGAUCAAUCCCAGGCAAUAUCCUUGCAGGUCUGACAGUCGACUGGAUUGGCAGAAAAGACAGUUUAUUACUAGCCGGAGUUCCACUCUUCCUAGGAUGGAUUCUUAUCCUAGUAGCUUGGCACCCGUACGUCCUCUACACCGCCAGAUUCAUCAGUGGAAUCGGCCAAGGUAUUGUCUAUGUUGUCUGCCCAAUGUAUAUUGGUGAGAUUGCAGAUAAAAACAUUCGAGGCUCUCUAGGAUCCUUUAUCAAACUCCAGGUGACCUUCGGUGAACUGUACGGGCAUGCAAUAGGACCAUUUGUUUCUUACAAUGUGCUCGCCUACGCAUCCAUUAUUAUCCCAAUAAUGUUCUUCCUCACCUUCAGCUGGAUGCCAGAAUCACCUUACUACCUUCUAAUAAAAAAUAAACGAUUACAAGCUGAGAAGAGCCUCUCUUGGCUAAGGAGAUAUCAAAAUGAAGAAGACCUUAAAGAAGAAGCUGAUCAAGUGCAGAAAGCCGUUAUUAAGGAUAUAAUGAACAAAGGACAUUUCUGGGAUCUUUUCGACACCUCGGGAAACAGAAAGGCUGUUCUGGUUUCUUUUGGACUACAAUUAAUCCUUCAAUUCAGUGGUAUAGCUGCUAUCGAGUCUUACACUCAGGAAAUUUUUGAUCAAAGUGGAUCCGAGUUGCCUGCAGCAUAUGCUGUAAUUCUUCUGAGUUUACUGCAGUUGAUUGCUGGCCUGGCAGCAGCUGCGUUAGUCGACAGAAUUGGAAGAAAACCUUUGUUGAUGACGACUACUUUUCUGGGAGGAAUGUCCCUUGCCCUAAGUGCUAUCUUCUUUUUUUUGAAAUUCCAGAUGAAGGUGGAUAUGACUGGUUUAGGUUCAAUCCUAGUAGCUUUUGUUAUCUUUUAUGAACUAAUCAUAGCCCUUGGAUUGAAUCCUCUGCCUUAUAUGAUGCUUGGCGAAUUAUUUCCAACCAGUGUAAAAGGAUUUGCUGUCUCUUUGGCCAACCUUUGGGGAUCACUCCUGGCUUUCGUGGUUUCCAAACUUCAUCAAGUGGUGACUGACACUUGUGGAAUUUACGCUUCCUUUGCCUGGUUUGCUUCUACCUGCUUUUUUGGUUUAGCAUUUAUUGCUUUUCUUGUGCCGGAAACAAAGGGAAAAUCUUUGAUGGAAAUUCAAGAGGAGCUCAACUGUGGGAGAGGAAGAAGAAAGAAGUGUGAAGAGAGAGUAAAUGUGAGUACUAUAGCUUAAAAGUGUCGGAGGAAUUUGGUUCAAUCUGAAUGAAGACCCUGGCUUUUGGGAAUUAUGAGGAUUAUGAGGUGUUUGCUUUGAAAUUAAAAACCAAUCAAAUUAUCGACAUAAUUUUUUCAGUUCAGUAAAUUUACAAGCCCCUGAAAUUAUUCUUGUCUAGGGAUUUCACCAUUUUUCCACAAUCUUUUUCUUUUGACUACUGCCAAGUUUAUAAAUGUUAUCAAAACGUUGACAAUUUUUAACUCUGGACAAUCAAAUUUAAAAAAUCCGAAACUUUAUUAAACAUGGAUAAAAUUAUUGAAAAAUCUAACAAAACUAAAAAUAUAAUCUAAAGUAUUUAAAUCCAUUCUUAUUUCCAAGAUUAUGGAGUACGUUUCGCACACAGUGCGUUUAAUUAAAAUGGACUGCAGGCUACAAAUAUUUGAUUUCAAAUUGAAUAGGCAGUUUUGAGAUUUUAAUUAUUUAUUUAAAGCAAAAAAAGAGAAUGACUCAAUAAGAAUCAGGUAUAUUAGAGAAAAUAUGAAGCAAAACAUUAUAAGAAAUUAAUUUCUCAUUAUGAAGAGAAAGCCGAUAGUCAAGGCUGGAAAAUUAUAUACACUAUCCGCUAAAUAUAAGAAUUAUAUGAGCUCCAUGGAUAUAAGUUUUAACCAUUGACAUUCUACAGAUAAGAGUUUUUAUUUUUAUUGAAAUGAAAUGUGUUAUAAGUAAUUUGACAUAAAUAGAAAUGAAAAAUAAGUUCGGUCAAGAUAUUGCGUACCUUGAGUAACUUGGCCAGAAACAUUGCAGUGCGCAUGUUCUCAUCUCGCCAUGCGGAAAUUGAUUUAAAUUUCAAGACCUGACUGCGUAACGACAGAAUUGUCCAGUAGUUUUCAAUUGAAGGCAGAUUUUUAACCCAGAUUGAAUUAUCAAUAAUACAAUCUAAACUAACUGGAAAGUUGAUUUGUUAUUUGAGUUUUUAAUCAUAUAAUGAAAUUAGGAACUUUAGUCUUUGACUGGCCAAAUUCCAAUAUUUUAAAAUCAGACUUUCUAUUAAAAAUAGAAUAUUUCACUUGCUUUUAAAGGUGAUACAAAUCAAGUUUAAAUUAGUUUUCAAGAAAAAUCACGUAACUAUCUUGUAUUUCCUUUCAGCCAGGAUGAAAAAACCAUUGAGACUGAUAUUUAUAUUACUCAUGAAGUACUUUUUUGUUAGUGAAAUAUUCGAAAUAAAAACUUAGCUAUUCGAAUAAGCAAAGUUAUAAUUAUAAUUUGCAGUUUAAAAACUAAAAAGAGGAAUAUUUAACAUCGGAUAAAUUAUACUCAUUUACAGUUUUAAAUUAAAAUUGAACAAAUUUAUUUCUGUGACAAAUAUUAUUAUUAGACGAGAUAGACAUACUUAUUCGAAUAUUGUAUUGGUUAGAGAUUUCACUACGCAAAAUAAUGUAUAAAACAUCAUGUAUAUUUUAAGGAUGUAAACAAACGACUGAUUUACUCAUAAUUAUUAGAAAUAUUUUUGAUUAGUUUGCAGAAAAUU